AUGCUGCCCACGCCCUUCUCGGUGAGGGACAUCCUCAACCUGGAGGCUCCCGGGGAUCCCCGAGCUGGGCAGGAGGAGCCGCGGCCGCGAAAAUCCCCGCUCUCCCCGAGCUCUGAGGCCGAUGCGGAUCCCGGGGAGCCCCGGCCGGCGCCGGGGCAGCGGCAGCGGCGGAGGCCGCGCGUUCUGUUCUCGCAGGCUCAGGUGCUGGAGCUGGAGCGGCGCUUCCAGCGGCAGAAAUACCUGUCCGGGCCAGAGCGGGAGCAGCUGGCGCGGCUGCUGCAGCUCAGCCCCACGCAGGUGAAGAUCUGGUUCCAGAACCGGCGCUACAAGAGCAAGCGGCAGCGGCAGGAGCGCUGCCCGGAGCCGGCCGUGCCCGCGCUGCCCCCGCGCACGGUGCCGGUGCCGGUGCUGGUGCGGGAUGGCGAGCCCUGCCCGGGGGGCUCCCGGCCCUUCCCGGCUCCCUGGGGAAUUCCCGGCCCUUUUUCCUACAGCUCCUGCCUCGGCGGCGGCGCUUGCGGGCCGGGCUGCGGGUACCCGGGGGUGCCGCCCGGGGCCGCCCCCGGCGGUGCCCAGCGCCAGCGCCCGGCCCUGCCCGCGGGCAUCGGCGCCGGGAGCCGGGGCUGA